CGUGGCUGUACGUGUCGCGUGCGGGACAGCAGUGGGGUGGUGCCUUGCCCGCCUGCCCUAGAGCGGAGAGAGCCGCAUGGGUUGGGUUCGCGGCUCGGCGGAGACGCCACCAAACAAUCGGGGAGAGAACACAGCCCGGGGUCGGCUCCACGCGCUCAUUGCCAAUCGAGUGUGGGGGCGCCACGGUGGGAGGUGCAGUGCUUCAGCACACGCGCACACACACACACGACACGGGGGGAGAGAGAGAGAGAACGGAGAGAGCGCGAGAGAGCUGGCGGGAGGAGGAGGAGGGGGGAGGAAAAGUUUACAACAGGAGUCAUCCUGAUACAAUACUGGCGAGCUGCACCCGGGAGAGCGAACCACCUCUUCCUGUGCCCUCUGCUGGGUUCUAUCCUGUGACCGGGGGCGAGGGAGAUCGCCUCGGGUGGACUCUGAGAGGAGACAAUGGGUGUCUCGGCUUUGUUGGUCCACGCGUUGGGAUCGCUGCUCCUCUGUCUGCUGCUGCCGGGAAGCGUUCAGCAGGAAGUUUGCUCGGGGACAGAGAACAAGCUGAGUCUGAGUGCCACAAGGGACCUCCAGUACCAGGCGCUUCGGAAGACGUACGAGCAUUGCCAGGUGGUGCUGGGAAAUCUGGAGAUCACCAACAUUGGCGCUGACAAGGACCUCUCCUUUCUGCGGGCCAUCCGGGAAGUGUCUGGUUAUGUGCUGGUGGCCAUCAAUGAGUUUGAGCGCCUGCCACUUGAGAACCUACGCAUCGUGCGUGGCACCAAGCUGUAUGAAGACCGCUACGCGCUCAGCGUGUUCCUCAACUACCGCAAGCACGGAGGCAUGCGCAGUGGCCUCAAGGAGCUGCGUCUCAGCAACCUCACAGAAAUCCUGAACGGAGGGGUGUACGUUCGGGAGAACAAACACCUGUGCUUUCAAAACACCAUCGAGUGGCGUGAAAUUGUAAAGGAAGGGAACAUUGUGAACGUGGAGAAGGACAACAGCACCUCCUGCGACCUGUGCUAUGGCAGCUGUAAUAACCACUGCUGGGGUUCAGGACCUGAAUACUGUCAGAAAUUCACCCAGCUGCUGUGUGCGAGGCAAUGUGACGGCCGCUGCUAUGGACCGAGCCCCAGUGAGUGCUGCCAUUCCCAGUGUGCGGCCGGCUGCUCGGGGCCACGGGACACCCACUGCUUUGCCUGCAAGAACUUCAAUGAUAGCGGAGCCUGUGUGAGCCACUGCCCCCCACCUAUGAUCUACAAUCCUGUGAGUUUCCAGCUGGAGGAAAAUCCCGACGUCAAGUACAGCUAUGGGGCCAUCUGCGUCAAGGAGUGUCCACAUAACUUCGUGGUGGACUACAACUCGUGUGUGCGAGCCUGCCCGGCUGGCAAGCACGAGGUGGAGAAGCAGGGCAAGAAGAAGUGUGAGAGCUGCACUCGCAUCUGUCCCACCAAAGCGUGCGAUGGCAUCGGGACCGGAAACUUGAGCCACGCGCAGACCGUGGACGCUUCAAACAUCGACACGUUUGAGAACUGCACAAAGAUCAACGGGAACAUCGCCUUCCUCGUCACCGGCAUCAAGGGGGAUUCGUACAUGAAAAUCCCUCCCCUUGAACCUGAGAAGUUAAAUGUGUUUCGCAGCGUCAAGGAAGUCACAGGCUAUUUGAUGAUCCAGGCCUGGCCACAGAACAUGACAGACUUCGGGGUGUUUGAGAACUUGACCACAAUUCGUGGCAGAGUUUUACAAAGGGGCUUCUCGCUUCUCGUGGCACGUAUUCCCACGGUGACGGCGCUCGGCCUGGCAUCGCUGCACGAGAUCAGCGCCGGCAACGUCUACUUAAAGCAGAACGAGCGCCUCUGCUACUACAACACCAUCAACUGGACGUCGGUGUUCAUGAGCGAGCGACAGACACCCUUCAUCCACGACAACAAGCCUCCCCCCAACUGCACCUCAGAGGGCAUGCUGUGUGACCCUUUGUGCUCGAACGACGGCUGCUGGGGACCGGGCCCUGACCAGUGCAUCUCCUGCAGGUUCUUCAGCCGUGGGCGCGCCUGUGUGGAGGCUUGCUACACCGCCAGUGGACCCUAUCGGGAGUUUGUGGAUGGAUCAACAUGUGUGCCCUGUGACACCGAGUGUCUGCAGUUCAAUGACUCAGCUACCUGCUACGGACCGGGCUCCAACAGCUGCGUGAGGUGCGCGCACUACGUGGACGGGCUGCACUGUGUGAGCACGUGUCCCACGGGCGUGCUGGGCGGCAACGAGGAACCCCUCUCAAAGUACCCCGACGAGAACAACAGCUGCAGGGCCUGCCACCCCAACUGCUCUCACGGGUGCAACGGAGCAGGCUCUGUGAACUGCCAUCUAAUUGGCCAGCACUUGAGGGGAGGCACACCGGUGCUGGCUGUGAUGGUGGUGGGGGGCCUGUUCUCCUGCGUCGUGUUCGUGCUGCUGGUGGUGGUGUGCGUGCGUCGGCGGAACAUUGCGCGCAAGCGGGCCAUGCGGCGCUACAUCGAGAAGGAGCUGGUGGAGCCCCUGACUCCGAGUGGAGCCGCCCCGAACCAGGCCCAGCUACGGAUCCUCAAGGAGACGGAGCUCAGGCGUGGCAAGAUUCUCGGUUCGGGGGCCUUUGGAACUGUGCACAAGGGAAUCUGGACCCCGGAGGGAGAAGAUGUGAAAAUCCCUGUGGCUAUCAAGGUGCUGAGAGAAGGAACGUCUUCGAAAGCCAACAAAGAGAUCUUGGACGAGGCGUUCAUCAUGGCCACAGUCUGCAGCCCUCACCUGGUGCGGCUGCUGGGCAUCUGUCUGACGUCGAACGUGCAGCUCGUGACCCAGCUCAUGCCGCUCGGCUGUCUGCUGGAGUACACGCGCGAGCACAAGGAGCACAUUGGCUCACAGCUGCUUCUCAACUGGGCUGUGCAGAUUGCCAAGGGCAUGAUGUACCUGGAGGAGCAGCGCUUGGUGCACCGUGACCUCGCCGCUCGGAACGUGUUGGUGAAGACCCCGCAGCACGUGAAGAUCACAGACUUUGGGCUGGCGCGUCUGCUGGACGUGAACGAGGUGGAGUACCAUGCCGACGGUGGGAAGAUGCCCAUCAAAUGGCUUGCCCUGGAGUCGAUUCAGUACCGGACCUUUACCCAUCAGAGCGAUGUCUGGAGCUAUGGAGUGACCAUCUGGGAGCUCAUGACGUUUGGAGGCAAGCCUUACGAGGGCAUCUCGGCGAGGGACAUCCCAGAGCUGCUGGAGAAGGGGGAGCGCCUCCCCCAGCCGCCCAUCUCCACCAUCGACGUCUACAUGAUCAUGGUGAAAUGCUGGAUGAUUGACGCUGAGAGUCGGCCUCGCUUCAAGGAGCUCGCUGUGGAGUUCUCAAAGAUGGCACGUGACCCGCAACGGUACCUGGUCAUACAGGGAGAUGAGCGCAUGAGUCUUCCCAUCCCCUCGGACAGCCGCUUCCUGCAAAGUCUGCUUGCGGAGGAGGACCUGGAAGACUUGGUGGAUGCGGACGAGUACCUCAUGCCGCAGCAGCCGUUCUUCAAGGACAGCUCCACUAAUCCAGCCAGCACAGCCUCUGACGUGGCCAGCGCUGCCUCUCAGAAGGACGCCAAGGGAGCUGCGAAUGAGGAGACGUGGGGGGGCAGCGUCUUCCUGGCACGCAGCUCGUCGCAGCGCUCCCACGCCAGCGAGGCGUCCGCGUGCAGCGUGUUUGAGGAGUCGUGCAGCAGCGGUGUUGCCCAUCAGCAGCAGCAGCCGCAGCCUCUCGGUCUGAGAGGCCGGCAGGACAGCACUGCCCAGCGCUACAGCACGGACCCAACGCGCUUCCACUCAGAGCCGCUGACCUCUAAAGUGGAAGGCAGUGACUACGCCACUCCAGCCACAAGCAAGGCCAUUCCCGGUUUGUGUGAAUAUUUCAUUCCCAUUGAAGAAAACCCAUUUUAUUCUGACUGUUCUGCCGCAAACAACACCCCAAGCGAAGUGGAAUAUCGCAACACAGGACGCGAGAGGCUCGGCCCAGCAAACGAGUAUCUCAACGUUCCCUGGUACAUCAACACGUGCCGAGACCUAGCAGACAGUGGUGAUUACCCGGGAGGGAGGAACAACAUACUCACUGUGCAGCAGAGAGGUCCGCUGUCCACUAAACCCAGCUACAGAAACCACAAUUUGCUCAUGGAGCAAAAGCAGCUUUUUAAGGUGCCGAGUCAAAAAAGCUACGGUGCAAACCCUCCCGGUGAAUUUGACUUUUCGUUAAAAGUGAUGCCCAAUUCAAGCCAGGCUUGCGACGUUUUGCAAUGCAGUGCCCUGGGGUUUCCGACGACGCAAGAAGACGUUGGCACAGCGGUAGUGGAGUCGAAACUUGUCCCUUCACAGCAUCCGUUGAGUCAGUGGAAAUUCUUAUUUCGUCCAACUAAAGGUGGCAUUGUGAGUCAUGACGAGAGUGGUGCCGUUUUACAUGGACCUGAAAAUGAUGGGAAAAGCUUGAGUCAGCACCGUGGCCUAUAUUCCAGUAGCACAAAUCCAGGGCUGAUUUGUAGCAGUGCAGAGAAUCAUAAUAUGGGUCAUGCUGCAAUCGACAUGGGCGAGGGAAAACCGGUGACAAACACGCAGAGUCAGGCAGAACCGAUGAAACAUUCACUCAGUCAUGGGAACUUCUGUACAAAUCAAUCUGCUCAGGCCGAUCAUCAAGUCAGAUGCCCACCAAGUUACAAUGAGGCCAUGAGACCACAAAACUAUGACAAUAUUAAUGUCAGGCAAUCUUGUAAUGGGGAUCACACGAGCCAUUCUCCAUCUACCAGUGGCCCCGCUAGUGGCAAGAUUAGGAGUCAGUUUAGUGGCCCUCCGGACUAUGAAAACCACAUGAAAAAGCCCCCAAAUUACGGAUGCCCGAUCAUCAGAGGGUCUUCCCAUGGAAACCAGAUCCACAGUUUGCCAAACAAAGUGGGGGACGAUGUCACGGCAAAGCAACUGGAACAGAGCAGAGCAGCACUGCAAGCAUCCAUUCAAGAGAACCCGGAGAAAAUGUCUUCAAACAAAGUGCCAUCAGAUCAACAGAGGAGCUCAAAAGAGCAGAGCUGUUGUUCAUCAACGUCAUCUCAAGGUCCUCCUGUUGUUAAUCCUUCACAAAGUGUGAACAAAGGAAAUCUAAAAAGCAGUUUGAUGAGCUCUGUCACAACUCCCGCUCCGAUGAGCCAGAGUCUGAUUUCCUACCCGACUGGCAAUGCCUUCCAAGCUGUUGGCUUGCCCAAUUACAGCGAUCAACUCGUUAAGCCAUCCAACUAUAAUGGGCAGUCCACCAAUGCCCCAGUCCAAGGAAAAAUUGAUGUGAGCUCAAGCAGCCGAGUACAGUGCGUGUCGAGUGUGUCUAACCAACAAGAGGGACCUCCUGGCCCCACGGGUACACCUGACAACCUUGUGCAUGCUUCAUUGGUGUCCUGGCCCAGGCACCAGAAUGGACAUGUUGGUAAUGGCUUGGUCCACAGCAGACAAGAUGGAGGUAACACAAGCACUCUGCCCUGCUAUGGUACCAGAGAUACGUUGGUAUGAGGGUUAUUUUCUCUGUGUCGCUUCUUGUUUUAGGAAUAUGUAUGUAUGUGUGUUGAACUUCUUUCGCGCCGUACGUAGCCAACCGUGCUAAUCGUAGGUGCGGGGGAAGGACAACAAAAAUGCAGAUGCACAUGGCAACGAUUUUUAUGAUGAAUGUGUGUUGGAUGUCUGGGUGAGUUUGUGAGUGCACAAUGUUAAGCACAGCUAAGCAUUUAUUUAUGUAUGCAUGCAUGUGUGAGUAGGUACGCUACACAUGAUUAGUCACACAUGUAUUCAUACACAAUUAAUGGGAGUAUCAAACCCUAUUUCUUUUUUGUAGAUGUAGAGGUUAAAGGCAGAAUGUGCAUUUGAGGAUACUUUUAAUAAAAUAAAAAAACCCAGCGAGGAUUAUUCGAGAAUAUAACCCACAACUGCACAAUAUCUUGGUCUUCAGGCCUGGAAAUAAAAGUGUUCUAGGACACUGGGGAAAUCCAUCAGUCUCUCUUUUCUGUCUCUCACCUUCCACAAAGCUCGGUUAAGAGUUGGGAGAAAAAUUUGCAGGCCCAAGUGGGAAGUUGUAAGGCCGUAGUAAUGGUGUUCUGCAGGAAAUGAAGACCAGGGCAACACCAGCUAGAGAGAAAGCUGGAAUGUUUGGUCGGGGGGUGUCAGGAAGCAUAUUUGGAUGAUGCGGAGGGGAGUUUGGAUGAUGUAGGGGUGGGUAAGGUCUGGAGACUGUAUGGUAGAUAAUGUCAGGCUUGCGUGGAAAGAGGUCAGGAGGCCCCUGAUUAAAUUCUGGAGAUAAAUUGUUUGAAUAAAGUGCUCUGAGGCUCCUCACUGCAAAAUCCAACAACCCUAAAAUUGACACUAGUCUGCAGCAAAUGCCCAGAAUAAUUUCCCAUGCCUCUCUUACCGUAAUACCACGACUGCACUUUUUAUAUAGGCCAUUAGUGUAAACAAACCCUUAUUUAAUGAACAAAAAAUGCACAAAUUCAAUAUUUGAAAAUCCAUCCGAUGGGCCUGUUUACGGCAGGAUGCAACGAUGUGACGACCCGUCCUUGCUUACCACCGGGUCACGGUGAGCUGCAUCGACCCGAGGUAAUAGCAUUCGCUUACAUGUGAGCACGCUUAGUUUCAAUGCAUGACUUUGCCGCGAUCAAACAGAGCUGCGUUGUUCAUUAAGCCAAUAAUACGAGUAAGUUAUACGAGCCAUAGAACACAAGGGCAGCAGAGCAUAGCCAAUAGGAACAGCACGGAACUAUGCUCUCAUUCACUGCGCCCGCAUUGCCUCUCAAGGUGGUGUGUUUUAUAAUUGGUAAGGAGAUUAAAAUGGGAUGCUUAUGGCAGCUUAUUCCAAUUGCAUAUUAAUUCAAGGCAUGACGUGAGGUAUGUCUCCAGUAAAUGUUUCACAUGAAGCGCAUUGAAGCCUGAACUGUCAUUCAUUGUACUGUUUAUGUACCCUGCACUACAUGUACAGUGACAGGCCCAUGCCAUUUGUAAUUCUGCUAGCAUCAACACUACAUGGCCCCCAGUGUUGAUGCUAGCUUGGCCCAAAAAUGAUAAUAUUGUGUGUACAAAUUAUGGCUUGCUAAUAAGUGGUGAACAGAACAAAGCAAGUCCAAAUCUGACAAUCUUCAGCAUUAACGACACAAGACGUCGCUUGGGAAUAUCUGUUGGCUAAAAGUGUUAUUCUCAGCCCAUGUUCCGUAAAGGAUGAAAACAAUGCAUUGUAAUUGGGCACUAUUAAUGCAUAUACUCUAUAUAUAAAUACGUAUCAUACGUGGGCCUUCCUUUAUUUUAAAAUGCCCGUUGUGCCCUCGUCAUCUCUGCCUGUGAUGAGAGCAUUGGUCGUGGUGCUGAAAGACGUAAAGCAUUCACUCCACCUUAUGAAUGUAUCCAAAUCAAUUGAUUUAACAGAAAGAAAAAAACACUAAAGACUCUGGGUGAGUGUUGCCAAACGGAAAGGUGGUGAUGUGUUUAAUUUCAGCAAUUUUAAAUCGAACUGUCAUUGACUAUUGUCAAUAACAGGAACUUUGUGACUCAAGUGGGUAAUUGGUUAUUUGGAUAACUUUAUGUGUGACACUUAUCAGCUUUGUAUCAAAAAGCUACCUUGGGUUUCACUGGGAAACAGCCUAUGAACUGUGUCCAUAUUUUAUGGAUGUCUGCAUGUAAAAAUCGGAGCCUGCACGCUAUAAACAAUGCAAGAUUGGUGGGAAACUACUGAAGAGAUUUAAAGUUUAUUUUAGAAAAGACAAUAAAGAAUAUACAUUUUCAACUAGAGCACUUACUGUGUCAGCUUAGGUAUGAUGUGCUGUAUUUAGUUUUCAGCCAUGGCAUUAUAUUAAUUUACCCUUGUGUAUAUCUAUAAUAACAGCAUGAUUAAGUUGUGAGUUGUGUAAUGAUCAUCACGCAACUAUAUUGGAAUUAUUGUAUAGUUGUAAUGCCAUAGGUGGCAUUAUUAGUGUACAUAAGUGCACGACGCUGUUGGUUAUUGUAUAUUUCAGGUAUAAGGGUGGGUUUUGUUUCACUUAAACUUAUAUAGAUAAAAUGACCGGUCAAGUAUGACAUCUAUUGUAAUUCUUUGAUAAAUUAUUAAUAAUGUCUUAACAUGUUAAUACACUUUGAUUUGGUUUUGUUGUUUACCAAAACAUGUUUCGGUAGUUUACUAUCAUCGCAUGUCGUCUGCUAAAUAACCAUUUCGACAGCAUUGAGGCUCUACCAUUGCAGAGAUAUAUACUAAAUGGUCAUACAUGUAAAAAAAAUGUUCAUACAAAUAUAUAGCGCUGUAAAAAAAACGUGUAAAUAUAUCAUCAUUAAACUGUGAUAACAAAUUAGGUGAAUCUUCAGUGAGACAUUUAUUAAGAUAUAUAUGUCUAAACUACCGUAUUGAAGCUUAUCAGCGAAAUAAUAUUUAUCAAUUACUAUACACCAAUAAAUAACUGUAGCAAUUAAAUAACUCAUCAUAGCACAUUACACAGUUGUGGCAUGAGUUUGAAUAAUCUGCAUUUGCUUGCUAUGCUGUAUCCAAUGGCACAUUGUUUUCGUUAUUUAAUUGAGCACUUCAAAUGAAUAUGCUUUGUAAAUAAAUUUGCCUGCAGGUGGUAAAAGAUUCGUUCAGUAUAACGGCCGAGAGUGUUUAUUGACUACUGUUCAUUGGUUGUGAGUUUUAUGUGUUGACCACAUAAUUGCUAGUAUUUCAUGUCUGGCAGAUUAUUAUAUCAGAUCAAUAGAUUAGUUCAUUACAUUUUAUUUUUGCUGCGAUAACGAUUUUUUUGUUGUCACGUUAUUGGUCCCAAUGUGCCGUGUCUCUUGCUCAUCUGCAUUUCUGGCUAAAUAGGUUGUGACCAUGAUUUGUCGCGAUGGUAAAGGAGUAUGCCGCAAUUUCAUCGUCAAAAAUAGUUUGAAAGCACGAGGAAAUUAAUGCCAAGUAAGCUGAGAGGCACAGCUGCGUUAAAUGCCAAAUGUACCGUGACGAUACUUGGGUACAUCAGGGGUAAGACGAAUUGUUAUAUAAAUAAUUCAAAUUGUUUUAAUAAGCUUCUCAUAACGCAUGUAUACAUGUGACACAUCCAUUAGGAAAGUCAGGUUUAAAUGCGCAUUAGCUAAUAGGUUAAUCUUAUAACUCUUAAGGAGUGAUGUGAGUAUUGAGGUAGGCCGCAUAUCACCCAGCUAAAAUCCCACUGAGACCAAUAUUGGAGUGGUAGUUGGGAAGAAUACACUGUACAUUAAUUUACGAUAACUUGACCUUUGGAGAGGUCUGCUUGAUUUUUGUUUGGGCCCACAAAAUAUCAAAGGAAGGUGUUCUACAAUAUCACAGGACUUUAUCGGUAUAAAUCUUGACGAAUCAAGUGUUAAUCGGUAUGUCACAUACUUUACAGGCAAGUAAUAAUGCAGCGUCUUAGUCUGUGAUAUUAUAUUUUGUGAUGAAUUAUGAAGGGCAUUAUUACAAUCCAUAAAUGUGAACUAUUUAUGUAAUUAAUCUUAAUUCUUUGAGAUUCACAUGCCAUUUACAAAGGGUUCCUGGUAAGAUAGCAGCAGCACAACCAUUCCACAGUAAAUUUGGCCCAUGGAUGAUACACAACACAAACGUAUUAAAAUCAAAUGUAAAUUUAAGAAUGAAUAAUAAUGGUAUCGGACGUUAUGUAAAGUUAUAACAUGUUGGAACAAUGUCAUAAGGUAAGAUACAUUGAAGGAAAUCACAAAAAGGAAUAUUAGUUGGCUAGAUUUACAAAUCUCGUAGUAACAAAAUAUUUAGCGACAUGACCUGAAUCGAAGUCUCAUAUUAUGAUGUAACACAUUCCAGUCGGAUGGUGCUUAGUAAGAGAACGCUUCACAGAUGAAGACAGCAUGAAGAAUGUGAGUUUUGAAUGGGAGAGAUUCAUUUGGCCUCAGACCAUUAAUGCAUUCAUGUCCUGUUCAGGAUGUUCAAAUCACGUGGAAAUUACGUACGGUGUGAUCACGUUGACUAGCACGCUGGUACAACACCUGCCAAAGGCUGUGAAGGACAAGCAAAAUGGAAAGAGGCAUCCGUGGUGUCACCAUGUUCAUUGCAGGAUAGUUAAUGAGGCGAUGUUGCAAAAAGACACAUCCUGUGCCAAGUGUCCCAUGGUGGUCGAGGCAUUCAUUAUUAUGGAAAAUAAACUGUUAGUGUCUCCGUGAUAGAGUUUAAGGAUCGAAUUUACCACCAUGACAAGGUAGUGGCACUCGGUGCAGAAUCAUGAGAUUCUAUUAGAAAAAAACUAUAACAGUGGACAAGUCACAAUUUACCAAUAUUAGGCUUGUUUUAAAAUAGUUUGUGUGAUGAACACAUUUCUUUCUUCGGUGACUACUGCAUCUAAAACUGUUGUAAGAAGUACAUGUGCGUGUCUACUUUUAAUCCCCCAUUCCCUAAACUUCCAUGCGCCCAUUGUUUUACACUGAAGUGAUAAUUUCUUUCAUGAUUCUGCUAUAUCCAUAGUAGCCAGUUGCAUUAAUUAAAAUGUAUCAUCAUGCAUAAAGCUUCUGAUAAGAAAAAAAAUGUGCAUUCUUACACACCCUCAUAUUCCUGCUUGGAUAGUCAUAGAAAUUACAAACGAGAAUUGGAAAGAAAUACGAUCGUUGUUUAGGAUUGAAUAUGGCAGUCAUAGCAGCCAAAAGCUAAAACAAAGAAAAUAAUCAAGUUGGGCAGCACUCAUUCCUCACUGGCAACUCUGAGCCAUUCAUGGAAAUUUUGUUUCCUCGAGUAAAGGUUAUUAUUUCCAUAGGAAUAUAAAUGAUGUCUUCCGACGAGGUGGUAAUCAGUUUAUGGACCCCAGAAGUAUGAUGGGUUGGAUUAACCCCCGACUGUGAUUUGAAAUUGCAAUUCGAGCAAUCUACCGCGACGUCUCCAUUUAAAAUGUACGGACUAAUUAAAGGUAUACAUUGUUUACAUAAUCGUCCACCUCAAUAUUUCUAACCUAACUCAACAGACUUAAUUUAAAUUAGAAUGAAAAUAGGCUUAUUUAUAUCUUUAAGUUCGAUUUAUUUGGGGUGAUUAUUCCACUGAUUUGUAUUCAUUCUGUGAAAACUUUAUUUUACCAAAGUGCUUUUAAAUAAUGUUGGUUAAUAUCCUGCAUAAUUAUGUUCUUCGCCAUCAUGCAUUUCGUGUGGAUAUGUGUGUCCUUAGCGGUUAACAAACGAGCCGAUGCAUCAUCAAAAUAAGUAUUGGUUUUCUAGUUUUUAUUAUUUUUUUGUCCAAAGAGAUGGAGGGAGGCUGAUAGGAAAGACAGCUCAAAAAUGAUUUAGCCUGCUUACUGCAAGCAACCUGAAUUCUCAAAAUCAAUGAAAAAAUACCAUUACUGUUCCUUUUCUGUAUUCUUGAAAUGAUUGCAUUUUUUUGGAACAGGACCGUGGAUAAUUUUGUCUGAGAUAGCGUUUCAUUAACAGCCGCAAGACAGCCUUCUUUAAUUGCCAUUUCAUGGUGAAAAAUCUGUGACUAAUAGCAUAUUGUGGCUUGUGAAGCCAUUCAAAAGGACACUUACAGAAUCCAAGAUACCUGCAGAGACAGAAAAUGUUUCCGUUUAUCCACGCAUAAUGUGCGGCGUUUGUUUAACAUUGAAAUGUAGCACAAUGUAAAAGACCUCCCGUGCACCGUUGUAUGGAUGUACAUUGAACCUCGUUCACGCCGCACGUAGCUAAACCGUGCUGAUCGGAGGUGCGAGCCAUCACCGCUCUGUGUUCCUGUUGCGGGUGUUCACGUCUUGUUGCCAUGUUUCCGAAUGUUUUCUACGUUCCUUGCCUGUAUAUGUCUCAUAGAAUACUUUUAUGACAGAUGGAUUUUAAAAUUAUAAUAAACAAUUGUUUCAAUUAAAA